AGCACUAGAAUAUCAUAUAUGAUUUACUAAAUUAAAGGAAUGCCACUCUCUUAAGCAGCCGCGAUAUCUUGCAGGACUUCUUGAGGCACUUGAAGCUUGCUGGAUGACUAACAGAGAUACAAUCCAGCCCUUGUUGGAUCAACGGCAUCAAAGCCAUCAUACGGUUGAUCUUACGGGAAAAAGAUUUCGCCGAUGUAAAAGUGCUCCUGUGGGCGAAAUUGCCCAUGUAGAAAUGGAUGAAAUAAAGAACGACCAAUCACUUCCACGUUCUAAAUCAAUCUUAGACAAACUCCACCCUAGUUUUAGGAAAGUUACUAUUUACUUGGUUAUAUACUUGGGUAUUGGUACCGUUUGCUUUUAUUUUGUUAGAAACAAGAUCAAGGGAAAGAAAAUAGAGGGCGUACUUGAUUCCGUUUACUUUUGUGUUGUGACAAUGACCACGGUUGGAUAUGGGGAUAUGGUACCUAACAGUGCAACUACUAAACUGCUCGCUUGUGUCUAUGUGUUCUUCGGGAUGGCACUUGUUGGAGUAGUUCUAAGCAAAGCAGCAGACUACUUAGUGGAGAAGCAAGAAACACUAUUAAUUAAAGCAAUGCAUAUGGGUCGUCGAGUUGGUCCGAGUGAAAUUUUAGAGGAGAUUGAAACAAACAAAGUAAAGUACAAGUGCUUCAUGAUAGCGGCCUUCCUUAUAGUGCUCGUAGUCGUUGGGACAGUGGUAUUGGCUAGAGUUGAAAAGUUUGAUACCAUAGAUGCAUUUUAUUGUGUUUGUGCUACCAUCACAACAUUAGGAUAUGGAGACAAAAGCUUUUCAACCAAAGCAGGGCGCAUUUUUGCUAUAUUUUGGAUUUUGACAAGCACUCUUUGUUUGGGUCAGUUCUUCCUUUAUGUUGCUGAAUUGAACACCGAAAAGAGACAGAGGGAGAUUGUGAAGCGGGUUCUUUCAAGGAGGACAACAAAUGUGGAUUUGGAGGAAGCUGAUCUUGAUGAUGAUGGGGUUGUAGUGAGAUGGGGAAGAUCAACCAACAAGAUAUCGCAGCUGUAUUGAAGAAAUUUGAAAGUCUUGAUGUUGAUCAGUCUGGAACUCUGUCAAAGGUAGAUCUGGCACUCGCCCAAUCGUCUUGAACCGGAAGGUGAUUACUCUAUAACCUAUAUUAGUGUAUUAAGCAACCUUUCCACUUCCACCUAUGUCUAUAACUUUAGUGAGAUUUCUGGGAUGAGUCCUUUUAAAAGUUUUAGUAUAUUAAAAAUAGUUUCAUAUUUCUUGAGUGUAAAUACAACUCAGUACUAGAGUGAUAUUCACUCUUCCCAGAAUCUCCAUGUAAUCAUCUCAACUCCCUUUGUGAAUAUGUAACUUCCUUGUACUUUAAUUUGUAAAAAGUUUGCUAACUUUUUUCCCUA